AUGAAACACGAGAUACGCGCCAUGACGCCUGAGGAUAAGGCUAGAGCUGACGCCAAAGAUUCAGAGCAAGAAAACAAAGUUGCUGCUGAUAUAGAAUUCCUGCAUCUCAUCCAAGAGCUUCUAAAAAAAGGAAAGAUACUGAGUCUGGAAGACGCUCAAAAGGUGUACACGAAUAUCUUACAAGAUCAUCUGUACAACUGGUUUCCUAGUAGAAAAUCUGUUAGGCAGCUGUUAGCAGAGAAUGUUGAUGGUAUCGAGUUCGUAAGUGCAUAUGGACGAAACGAGUCCGAUCGCUUUUGCCUAUCUGCUGCUAAGAUCGCGGCCAUAGAGAAAGCCGUUAAACAGUCAUCUCACAUUAAUAGCGAGCUUGAAGCCCUUUAUGACUGCUCAAAGAUAAUUCGCAAAGAAAUUCAGGACGCAAAUACUUGGCACUUUAAAGGUACGCUCGACAUAGAUGCACAAGAUAAUGUCCCUACCAAGCUGUUUACAUUACUCAAGUGGAUACUUUCGGGUGUGGUUUCUGAACUGAAAACGGAGCAGCGAGCGGAAGAUGUCAACAGAAAGUCAGUUCUCCUUGCGCAGCAGAUUAUGUACCACACCAAGACUGAUAGGCAAGUCAGAUACGUGCCUCAAUUAGAUGAAGAAGGGAAUACAUUUCUUCACCAGCGCGAGUACCCAUUGCAAGUUGGGGUUGGCCUCCUUGCUCACCAGCAAAUGAGAAGUAAAUUAGUAAUUGAUGUUCUACAUGAGUUGGGCGUUUCAGUUAAUUAUGCGAGGAUUCUACGCAUAGAAACUCAGCUUGCGCAGGCUGUUCUGAGCAACUCCAGUGAGCACAACAUCUUUAUACCUCCGAAACUCUGUAAGGGCCAGUUUAUUUUUUUUAGUGUUGACAAUUCCGAUUUCUCAGAAGACACUCCCGACGGAAAGAACAUACUUCAUGCAACCGCGAUGGUUGUGUUCCAGCGAAAACGUACUAAAGAUCCUGAAACUAUACUGGAAAUUGAUGCGACUAUGAGGACCAAGUCCCUUCCACAAGAGUCAAUACCUGACACAGAAAUAUUACAGUGUUAUAUCCCUAAGAAUGCGCAACCAAAGUGCUCCGGCUACACAUUAGAUACUACACCAUCUAGUGAUGUCACCAAGAAAGCGGAGCAAAAUGACUUGGCGUGGUCGGUAGGCAACUCAAUCAUCAGGUCUCGGUUGGAGCAAGUCAAAAUCCCCACGUGGGCUCCAUACAAUUCUCAAGUGUUGUCUUUGACCCAUCAGCUGACCACCGUUUCCAUGAUGCCUCUUCUAGCGGCUCCGGCGCAUGAGUGGAGCACGAUGCUCACAGUACUAAUGCAGGCACAGAAGAUCACGGCUGUGGUUAUGGGAGAAAACCACAAGACUGUCAUUACCUUUGACCUCCAACUAUAUGAGAAGGCUGUGAAACUCCAGAUGCACAAGGCCCCAGACCUAGACCAUCUGGUUUUUCGAAUUGGCGAGAUGCACACGAUAAUGGCUUCUUUGUGCACUCUUGGGGCAUCAAUCGAUGGCAGUGGCUUUGACGAGGGAUGGAUAGAGGCGGGGCUGUAUGGUUCAACUACAAUGCGACAGAUUCUUGAAGAAAAUCAUAUGAAGCGCGCUCUCACAGCUCACAGUAUAACGUACUCUCCCUUGAGCGACUUGCAUAUGGAGGCGUUUUGGAAGAGCGAAAGUGAUAAAAGUAAUGCCGAGCACAAGACUGUAUACGAUAGUGUAAUACAAGCAUGCGUUGCAAUGAACACCAUCUGCAAGGAAGGUCGAUACAGUGAGAUAGGGACGAAACACAAAGACCUUGUAACGGCGAUGGAAACCGACGACCUUCAAGAGAGGCUAUUGAGAUUUGAUGAGGUCAUGGAGUGUCAGUGUCCAUUAUUCAAGUUUGCCCGGGACUACAUGAAGUUUGUGAUGUGUAUCCUGAUGUUCAUACGCGCAUCAAGAGAGGGAGACUGGAACCUUCACCUUGAAUCUCUCAAGGCUUUGGCAAAGUAUUUCUUUGCUCACGACAGGCUGAACUAUGCGCGAAUGGUGCCACUAUAUCUAGCGCAGAUGCACUGGUUAAAGAUCGAUGAUCCCGAUAUUCACCAUGAAUUCAUCCAAGGAAACUUUUGUGUAAACAAAAAUGAGAUCCCUUUCUGUGCAAUUGGACCGGACCACGCCAUAGAACACGUCAACAAGUUGAUGAAGAUUCGGGGAGGGCUGAAAGGUCUAACACAGCAACCAGCGGCCAUGGCAAGAUGGUUCCUUGUGGCGCCAGAACUAAGUGGACUUGCGACGCAAGCUGAGGACAUGUUGGGGGUACAAAGAGCUUCAUCACCGCAUCAUCACGAUUUAAGCGAUGCGAUAACAAAUCGCUAUAAUGAAAAUGUACAGAAGCUGAAGGAUGUUCUCAAAGUCAGUGACCCUUUCGCGACAGAGGAACGUCAUCUGGUGAACAUCAUCACGAAAGCGGUAAUGCCAGAUGACAUCAAGGAGGGAGUCCUAACACGAGAUAAGAUCGGCCAAGCGUUGUUUGAGACAUUUGCUCAAGAGAGAAUCGUCGAGGCCAAGUUAAGUGUUUGGAGCCCCAUGAAAAAGGCAAAUCUGAAGUCAUGGAAGUCUGCUUCGCAAAAAAACAAAAACAAGACAACUUGUGGCGUCGCACCCUUAAAGGAUGAUAGAGCUCUCUUCGCAUGCUUCUUAGUCGUCAGUCUCUCAAGGCCUGAUCUUGACAUAAAGGAAACCAUUAGUACCUUUGAGUUAGCCGAGUAUCCAAGGGCACUCUUCUUCUCUGAUGGCAGUUCGCGACACUGCGCUACCAAGAGCAAGCUGAUGAACAUCCUAGAAAGCCUUUUACCGGCCCAACAGCAACCACAAACGUCUACAGUACAACCUCACUCUGCAGUUCCCUCCAGUAGGCAAGUGAUCAUUAUUGAUGCCAUUGCCGUCGUUCAGGCAAUGGGAAAGCCACCGUGGGUUAGAAAUGGGCGUGACCUAGCAAGCCAUUUUACAGAAGUCAUUGAUUCUAAGUCUGAAGGUGCCACCGAGGUGCAUGUAUUUGACCGUUACGAUAUCCCGAACUCCUUAAAAGAAGGAACGCGUCAGAAACGAACGGGCACAAGCAGAGCAGUGGUGUACAAGAUUACUGUGGAUGCGGUUAUUGACAAAAUCACGAUGAAGGAUCUUUUGAGCUGCAGCCAGAAUAAGGAGACAUUGGCUAUCUUCCUUGCAGCACAACUUAUCGAGUGCAAGAAAGACUCGCAGACGACGUAUGUAGUAACCUCUAAAGCUGACUGUAUGGCUUCUAAUAGCCUACCGAUUCAGCAUUUAAGGAGUGAGCAGGAGGAAGCAGAUACUCGUAUGCUCCUACAUGCUCUAGACGCCACACAGAGAGGAGAAACGUCCAUAACCAUUCAUAGUCCAGAUACAGACGUACUCGUUCUGACGCUCUGGGUUUACAAGAGACUUUGUCUAGACACUACAGUCAUUGUUGGAACAGGAGGAAAACGAAGAAGUAUUCCACUAGGCUCACUCUACGAGGCGGUAGGAGAAGAACUUGUGAAGGCUUUACCUGGCUUUCACGCUUUUUCAGGAUGUGAUCAGACAGGCACUAUCAGUGGAAAAAGCAAAGUGUCUUGUUGGAAUACACUAAAGAAAGCUGAACGAUCAGUACUCGAUGCAUUUUCCAGCCUGGGAACCACCGACACCAUCUCAGAUGAUAUAGACAUGACGCUAGAGCGCUUUGUCUGCCAGUUGUACAUGCCAUGGACACAGCUAAGAACCAUAGGAGAGGUCCGAUGGCUGCUCUUUAGCAAGAAACAACACGUAGAUGAACAGCUGCCCCCUACUAAAGCGGCUCUACACCAGAUGACAAGACGUGCUAAUCUGGUUGCAUUGGUUUGGAAGUCUUGCGACAACCCAAAUCCCAGCAUUCCUAGCCCGAUAUUACACGGAUGGAAACAAGAUGGGGAUAGAGUGCACCCGGUUCCAACCACACUCCCACCUGCACCUAAGGUCGUACUGCAGUUGAUCAAGUGUGGAUGCAAAGGAAUCUGCGUCACAAUGAACUGUACGUGCAGGAAGCACAACCUAAAAUGCACUGAUAUGUGUGGUUCAUGCGAAGUGAAAUGUACGAACAGGAGCGGUAAC